GCUAAAUCGCGUGCACGUGUACACACACGCGUGCACUCAAACACUCAACCGAGGCUUGGAUAUGAUACUACAUGAGCCCGGUAUCGUUCAGUGUCGAAAACUCAACUUUCGAAGCUAUCGUAAUGCGCAAAUUCAAACUGCUAGCCGUUAUCACGAUUUUUCUGUGUGUGGUGGCACUCACUCAUUGGAUCCACAAUGGACGACAGAGUUAUACAGAACCGAGCAAAUAUACUCAACCAAAUCCACCUAACUUGUUAGAAAACACCGUCGAUUGUGGACUACUUACGCAGAUACUUCCUAACACGUGGUUAUGGACCACGGAAGAAGAACGAAACUACCCCUUAGCGUUUGCAAUCUCUGCAUACGAGUCUUUUGAGCGACUCGCUCGACUGCUACGACUCAUCUACCGGAAACCAAAUAUAUAUUGCAUUCAUGUGGAUCGUAAGGCCACACCAGAGUUUAGGAGACGAGUAAAGCAUUUGGCGAAGUGUUUCGGAUCAAAUUUGAUUACGAUACCUGAGGAGCUGAGUGUGGACGUCAACUGGGGCUAUUUCACAGUUCUCCAAACCACUCUCUUGUGUGCCGAACACCUUCUGAAGCAGCAGAGUGUUGACUGGCGCUACAUGCUCAAUCUGAAUGAGAAAGAAUUCCCCUUGCGUACCAACUGGGAGCUGGUUCGUGCGCUCAAGAAUCUGAACGGAUCGAAUAUAGUGGAAGGCAUGAAUGGAACUCGUUUCAAGGAUCGUAUACCGAAGAAAACUCUUUCGUUCAAGUUUGAAUGGGUGAAGGGCAGUUUGUUGGUGGCUCUACGUCGCGAGUUCGUCACCUUCAUGUUUACCAAUCCAAAGGCUAUGGAGAUCUUGGACGCACUGAAGGCCGAAAAGCAUUUGAAAAAGGUACAGGAUGAACUUUUCUUUUCCACGCUGGCCUACAACCCCAAACUCGGAGCCCCUGGAGCAUGUUUGUCGAUACCACCAGCAGAUAGCGAUUCCGAACCACGAUUUCAGUUCCUUGCUCGUUAUGCCAACUGGAAUGAUAGUAACUGCCCUAGCGGGCUGGCUGUUCGCGGAGUCUGUAUACUUGGCUGGAAGGAUAUUCCCGUGUUGAUCAAGCAGCCUCACUUGUUUGCCAACAAAUUCCUGCCAACUUUCCACCCGGAAGCUUACACUUACAUGGAACAACGGUAUGUGAACAAAGUUUCGUUAGAACACCAAUAUGGACAAUUAGAUCCCGGUUUCGACGAGCGCAUUUUUGCGAAUUUGUAUUGCUCGCAACACCACAUAUGAUGCUUAAUUUUUGUUCCUGAUCCAGUGGGCAGUUUGGAGACAAAAUUAUCCCAACGACUCCUGCUGGUGUUUCCAUGAGCAAAUUAUAUCGAUCAGUUUUUAUUCUUUUAUGUUUUCCAGUCUUUGUCAUAUUCAUUUUGUGAAACGAACCAAUCGAUACUGCCAUUGACCGUUUGCUUUGCUCUGAACAACUUUGAAGCACUCAAUCCGUCAGGUAUACGAACCCACAAUUCCAGUGGUCCUAAAUUUCCUGUCUGUUCCUGUAAGCAUGCCCGCUCCGGAUGGAAUGCCUCGGAAAUUUUUUAAUAGAAUGAACUUUUCCUAUUCUAGCAAUCCCAAGUGUUUGGAGCAUAGGAAGAGCUUCGACAAAUUCACCCAUUUGCAUAUCAAUUUUGGUUCUCACGCGAGAUUCAACCCAGUAUUCUUCAACCGAAUUUGCUGCAAAAAAUCCGC